UAAAAAGGAAAUCGCAUCAUAUCAUAUAUCGAUAAUCAAACCAAAGCCCAUCACGGAAAGCAUCAGUAACAACCUCCGCAGAUCUCUUUAUAUCUUUCACGUAGCCAACCCUACCAUUCAUCACUCUCCCAAUCGUGCAGAUCUUCUACUGGGGAUUUGCUUGUGGGAGAUUCUAGUGAUUGGUUGAUAUCGUUUCUUCUAGCGAGUAUUGAUGGGUAAAGGAGCCUCAAACUACGGGAAGAAAGAGAGUGCAGGUGAAGGAUCAUCCGAUAGUUAUGCUCCCUGGGCAAAAGAAACGCUCGAAUGCGAAGAAAAAUAUAAGGUAGAUAGAAAAAGCGGUCUGUCAGACGGUGAAGUCGAGAAACGGUUGAAGAUUCAUGGGUUCAAUGAGUUGGAAAAACACGAAGGACAAUCGGUUUUUCGUCUAAUUUUAGAUCAGUUCAACGAUACAUUGGUCAGAAUUUUGCUUGUUGCUGCUGUGAUUUCUUUCGUUCUAGCCUGGUAUGACGGUGAAGAAGGUGGAGAGAUGGAAAUCACCGCGUUCGUAGAGCCUCUGGUAAUUUUUUUGAUACUAAUUGUUAACGCAAUUGUUGGUGUUUGGCAAGAAAGUAAUGCCGAAAGGGCGUUAGAAGCUCUCAAAGAAAUACAAUCCGAACAAGCAACUGUCAUACGCAAUGGCAGAAAACAUUCAGGCCUACCCGCGAAAGAACUCGUUCCAGGUGAUAUCGUGGAGCUGCGUGUAGGGGAUAAAGUCCCUGCUGAUAUGCGGGUAUUGAAUCUAAUUAGCUCAACCCUUAGGGUUGAACAGGGUUCAUUAACCGGAGAAAGUGAAGCCGUUAGUAAAACUACAAAACCUGUUCCUGCGGAAUCCGAUAUCCAGGGGAAGAAAUGUAUGGUAUUUGCUGGGACGACAGUUGUUAACGGGAAUUGUAUCUGUUUGGUUACGGACACAGGGAUGAAUACCGAAUUAGGUAAAGUGCACUCGCAGAUCCACGAGGCCGCACAGAGUGAAGAAGACACACCGUUAAAGAAGAAACUGAACGAGUUCGGAGAAACGCUGACGUUGAUGAUCGGGUUAAUUUGUGUUUUGGUUUGGCUUAUAAACGUUAAGUACUUUCUCACAUGGGAGUAUCUUGACGGUUGGCCGACGAAUUUCAAAUUUUCAUUCGAGAAGUGUACGUAUUACUUUGAAAUAGCCGUAGCAUUGGCCGUUGCUGCUAUCCCAGAAGGUUUGCCAGCUGUCAUUACUACUUGUUUGGCUCUUGGCACGCGUAAGAUGGCCCAGAAGAACGCUCUCGUUAGGAAGUUACCGAGCGUUGAGACACUCGGGUGUACGACUGUGAUUUGCUCUGACAAAACCGGCACGCUGACGACUAACCAGAUGUCUGUGGCUAAGCUCGUUGCUAUGGGUCACACGGAAAGUACUGUUCGAUUGUUUAACGUGGAAGGGAGCACAUAUAAUCCUUUGGAUGGAAAAAUACAAGAGUGGCCAGCUGGCCGAAUGGAUGUUAACCUUCAAACGAUUGCGAAGAUUGCUGCUUUGGUUAAUGAUGCUAGCAUUGAGCGAUCUGAAAAAGGCUGUGUUGCUGGUGGAUUGCCUACUGAAGCCGCACUAAAGGUUCUUGUUGAGAAAAUGGGACUUCCUUCGGGUUUGGAUUCUGGUUCAUCUACGGGUGACGGUGACGGUGACCUUAUGGCUUGUUCACGCGCAUGGGAUAAAAUCGAGCGCAGGAUUGCCACUCUUGAGUUUGACCGCGAUAGGAAGUCAAUGGGGGUUAUCGUGUCCUCGAACUCCGGGAAAAAAACACUACUUGUUAAGGGUGCGGCUGAAAAUUUGUUAGAAAGAAGCUCUCACAUUCAGUUGCUAGAUGGUUCGAUUGUUGACCUUGACCAGAGGUCAAAAUCAGUAAUAUUAGACAGCCUAAAUGAAAUGUCGACAAGUACAUUACGUGUUUUGGGUUUUGCAUAUAAGGAUGACCCUUCAGAAUUUAGAAGUUAUAACGGUGAAGAAGACCAUCCUGCUCAUAAGCUUUUACUCGAUCCAACUACCUAUUCUUCAAUCGAAAGUAAUUUGACUUUCGCUGGCCUAGUAGGACUGCGGGAUCCUCCUCGUAAAGAGGUUCGCCAAGCAAUCGAAGACUGCAGAGCUGCGGGUAUUCAAGUAAUGGUUAUAACGGGUGAUAACAAGAACACAGCAGAAGCAAUAUGUCGUGAGAUUGGCGUGUUUGGGCCGGAUGAAGACAUUAGUUCAAAAAGCAUAACUGGUAGACAGUUCAUGGAACAUCGUGACCCGAAAAGCCAUUUGGCUCAAAAAGGCGGGCUUCUUUUCUCCAGGGCUGAACCACGUCACAAGCAAGAGAUAGUGCGGCUGCUCAAGGAUGCUGGUGAAGUGGUUGCUAUGACAGGAGACGGGGUCAAUGACGCACCUGCUUUGAAAUUGGCAGAUAUAGGAAUUGCAAUGGGUAUUGCUGGCACUGAGGUUGCAAAGGAAGCUUCUGACAUGGUUUUGGCAGAUGAUAAUUUUAGCACAAUUGUGGCCGCAGUUGGAGAAGGCCGAUCCAUUUACAACAACAUGAAGGCCUUCAUCCGGUAUAUGAUUUCUUCAAACAUUGGUGAGGUUGCUAGCAUAUUUCUGACUGCCGCCAUCGGGAUUCCAGAAGGCCUGAUUCCCGUUCAGCUUUUAUGGGUGAAUUUGGUCACUGAUGGACCCCCUGCAACCGCCUUAGGGUUUAAUCCACCCGACAAAUACAUCAUGAAAAAGGCCCCUCGCAGGAGUGAUGAUUCUUUGAUUAAUGCCUGGAUUUUAUUUCGAUAUAUGGUGAUUGGACUCUAUGUCGGACUAGCAACUGUGGGUAUUUUCGUCAUUUGGUUCACUCAUGCCUCAUUCUUAGGAAUCGACCUCAGCGGAGACGGUCACAGUCUUGUUACUUUCUCCCAGCUCAGAAACUGGGAUCAAUGUAAAUCUUGGGAGAAUUUUACCGUUUCGCCCUUCCAGGCCGGAGACCAACUGUUCAGUUUCGAAUCUGACCCUUGUGACUACUUCCGUACGGGAAAAGUCAAAGCCAUGACUCUCUCACUCUCCGUAUUGGUUGCCAUUGAGAUGUUUAAUUCCUUAAAUGCCCUUUCGGAAGACGAGAGCCUGUUGACCAUGCCACCUUGGGUCAACCCAUGGUUGCUUGUAGCAAUGUCGAUCUCAUUCGGGCUUCAUUUCUUGAUAUUAUAUGUUCCUUUUCUUGCACAAGUUUUUGGGAUCGUUCCACUAAGUGUGAACGAGUGGCUGUUGGUUUUGGCGGUUGCUUUGCCUGUUAUUCUGAUCGACGAGAUUCUCAAGUUUGUAGGUAGGUUGACUAUGAGUGGUCAAAGGAGUUCAAGGUCUUCCAAGCACAAGGCAGAGUGAUCAUCAAUCAUCAUUCAUCAGCUGAGCAGGAGAAAGUGAACCUGUGCUCGUAUAUCUUAUAGUUAAUCCAUUUUUAACAUUUAUAAAUAGGUUUUAUAGAAUCUAUUUUCUUCAUAUUUUCAGUUUUGUUAGCUUUUGGAACAAAUUAGUAUGCUGGUCUAUGCCUUCCUUUACAUGGAACCAAGUACUUGUUAUGCUAUUAUAUUCUAUACAUGUUAUGAGGACAAGACCAUUUCUAUUG